AAGCUCGGUGUACAUUUAAUUUAUGAUUAAAGCUCUUCGGGCGUUUUCUGUGUUUUUUGUAUGUUAAGCUGGAGCGGUGGAGCUGCUUUAUUAAACGUGUUCGAUGCUUUAGCUCCGUUAACGUGGACCUGGGUGAACUGCUGCAGCCUGAGGAAAUCCUAUAAGCGCCUUGUGUUGUGGCGCUAAUCCUGAAUCGCGCUGUUUGAAGGGAGUGACAGUAGCAGCAGCAGCAGCACAAUGAAGCAGAGCAGCAGCACAGAGACAACGGGAGCACAGAGAGCCUGGGCAUGAUGUGAUUUGACCUCUAUGUCAACAUUAGCUCAUCGCGCGGGAGCGGCAGUUGUUUAGCGGGGCUCGUGUGCGGGAUGCAGUGAGAGAGAAUUUGCUGGUGGUGAUGUUGGAGGAGGUUGUUCGAGCUGCUGCAAGAUUUGAGCUUUCUUCCCACAGCCUUUAGCCACUAGCUCUCUCUCUUUCUCACACAGCUAUGGAUUUUCCCUUCGACCUAAACGCCCUGUUCCCAGAAACCAUCUCUGUGCUGGACCAGAAUCUGUGCGCUGGCCGGAGACCGUGCGGAAGACCUGAUGCCCAGAAUCAGAUUGCCACCGUCAUUGAUGAAUUAGGGAAGGCUUCAUCCAAGGCCCAGCAGUUGCCUGCACCAAUUACAAGUGCAGCAAAGCUCCAGUCUAACAGACAUUACCUCUACCUGCUGAAGGAUGGGGAGCGUAAUGGAGGCAGGGGCGUGGCAGUGGGAUAUCUGAAGGUUGGAUACAAGAAGCUAUUUCUACUAGACCAGCGGGGGGCGCACGUGGAGACAGAGCCUCUAUGUGUGCUGGACUUUUAUGUGACUGAGAACCUGCAGAGACAUGGAUACGGGCUGGAGCUGUUCCGCUUCAUGCUGGAGCAUAAGAAGGUGGAGCCUGAGCAGAUGGCAUAUGACAGACCCUCUCCCAAAUUCCUGGCCUUUUUAGAAAAGCAUUUUGAACUCAAACACGGUGUGCCUCAGGUGAAUAACUUUGUGGUGUUUGAUGGCUUCUUCAGAAAUAGAUCAGCGGCCCCGUUCAGAAAAGCUCCCCCAAAAAAGCCAGAGGGAGAGAUCAAACCGUAUUCGCUAAUGGAGAGAGAAGUUGUGAGAGAGGAGCAGAAGGUCAUGCCUUGGCCGUUUGUCCGCUCGGGGAUCCCUCCCCCUUCUCCCCCUCUUCCGGUAUCCUCCCCGUUCUCCCGCUCCCUCAGUGUGGGAUCUUCCCCCAGCCGCGUAGCCCCUCGCCCUGCGCCGGCCCCAGGCGUCCAGCAGGGUUACACCCCACACCACCAGUCGAACGACAACUGCAGGGCAAAACGCACCAGCAAUCAGGGUAUGGUUGCCAGAAACAACCUCUACAGUCGCCAUAUCUGCAGCAGAGGCCUUGGGCUAUUGCGGGCAGAACAGCUGAACACCUCCAAGCUGCCAGGGCUGAAGCCAGUGCUCAGUGAGAAAGUGUGUGACACAUGGGGACAGGCAGAUGCACUGGAACACACAAACACAGCAGAAAGCACACAACUCCACAGUCAGGUUGUAUCUCUUCCACCACUACCGGUUUCCAGGCCUGUUUCUAGACAGCCGGCCUCCACGACAGCUCUGGAGCGCAAAGAAGAGGGAGCCUUAAGUAAGCCAAGCUUGGUUCUUGACAAUGGCCUGAAGAUGCAUAGCAGUCCCUGGUUAAGUGGAGUGGAGGAUGUGAAGAGAAACAGAGCAUUGGAGGUGGAGAAGGGGUCAGGCAGAGGCGGCUGGUCUUGGACAGUCGGUGAGCGACGCUACACGGCCCAGUGGGUCCGACAGAAACAAGAACAACGCAGCACGAGGCCCUGGUGACAGGGUUCAUGCAGGCAUGAAGAGCGAAGCUGGAAGGAGAUCAGAGGAACAAGGGAAACCAAAGGAUGUGAACAGACAAACAAAGCAGGGUUAUUUAAAUACAGAAAAGGGAGGAUAGUAAAAGCGUCCUUCAUGUUCUCACAAGGUGAAAAACAUAACUAAAUCACUGAAGAUAAAGAUUAGAAUAAGAAAUGUUAGGGAGAUAAAAGCCAUAAAAAGUUGCAUAUCUCACAUCCGAGGCAGCAUUGUUUGACUCAGGUGUAGUAACUGAAUUGUAGCUAUUUUUUUAAAAGAUUUGUUUUUGAUAUGUUUAUUAUAGCCAUAAAUUAGACCUGAUGUAAAACAGUAUUAUAAAGAUUCAGGGAUAUUUUUAUUUUUAAAAUAAACUAAAAAGAAAAGUGGAUGAA